AUGGUUGUGGAAAGCGCUUUAUUUUCCAAACCUCACCAUGAUGGAGAAGGCUCUUCAGUGUCUGGCUCCGAUAUGGGGAGUAUAGAUGACACUGGUAAUUAUUACUUCGAUUCCGACACAGAGGCAGCCGCGCUAGAUCAACAGGACGAUAACGAGCUCGGACAGACAGUGGCGGGGGCCGUCGCGGAGCAUGCAUGCGCAUAUUGUGGAAUCGACUCUCCCAAGUGCGUUAUCAAGUGUAACUCCUGUAACAAAUGGUUUUGUAACUCAAAGAAUGGUACCUCGAGCUCCCAUAUCAUCAACCACCUCGUACUUUCACACCACAACGUUGUUUCGCUUCAUCCUGACUCAGACCUCGGUGAUACCGUCCUUGAAUGCUACAAUUGUGGCUGUAAAAAUGUUUUUGUUUUAGGGUUCGUCUCUGCGAAGAGUGAAGCCGUUGUUGUCAUUCUAUGUCGUCUGCCAUGUGCACAAACGAAAAAUGUCAAUUGGGAUACUGAUCAAUGGCAAUCUUUAAUUGAAGAUAGACAAUUCUUGCCCUGGGUUGCAGAAGAAUGUGAUGAAGAGCAGCUUUUAAAAUCGAGAAUGAUUACUCCUACGCAAAUUUCCAAGCUGGAGGCGAAGUGGCGUUCUAACAAAGAUGCUACCAUUAGUGAUAUUGACGCUCCUGAUGAACAUGAAGAAGUGCCACAUGUCCUCAUGCGCUACGCAGAUGCGUAUCAGUAUCAGAGAUCUUUUGGUCCUCUAAUCAAGAUCGAGGCUGACUACGACAAACAACUCAAGGAGUCGCAAGCGUUGGAACACAUAUCUGUCACUUGGACACUAGCACUCAAUAAUAGGCAUCUUGCGUCUUUCCCUCUAUCUACGUUUGAAUCUAAUGGCCUAAAAGUUGCUGUUGGGGAUGAGAUGAUUUUAAGAUACUCUGGUUUGCAACAUCCGGAAUGGGAGGGACGUGGUUAUAUUGUUCGACUACCCAAUAGUUUUCAAGAUGAAUUUACGUUGGAGUUGAAACCCAAUAAGACGCCUCCUCCAACUCACCUAAACACUGGUUUCACUGCUGAAUUUGUCUGGAAGGGUACAUCCUAUGACAGGAUGCAGGAGGCUAUGAAGAAGUUUGCUGUCGUCAAGAAGUCAAUUUCUGGAUUUCUUUACUACAAAAUUUUGGGACAUGAUGUUCCCGAUCUUGAAUUUGAUGUUAGCAUGCCAGAACAGUUCUCAAUACCUCAUUUCACUCAAUUGAAUGUUUCUCAGGCAAACGCGGUUAAACACGUUCUCCAAAGGCCGCUUUCUUUAAUUCAAGGGCCCCCUGGUACAGGUAAAACUGUGACAUCCGCAACAAUCGUAUAUCAUUUAUCAAAAUUGCAUAAGGAACGCAUAUUGGUUUGUGCACCAUCUAAUGUAGCUGUUGAUCAUUUGGCAGCAAAAUUACGCGAUCUGGGUCUUACGGUGGUACGCUUGACUGCCAAGAGCAGGGAAGAUGUUGAAAGCUCUGUUUCAGAUCUGGGAUUGCAUAACUUGGUCUCAAGAUCGGCUAAAGGGGAACUCAAGAAGCUUUUGAAAUUGAAAGAGGAAGUUGGGGAGCUAUCUUCUAUCGAUACAAAAAAAUUUGUGAAGCAAGUGAGAAGAUCUGAACUUGAAAUACUGAAAAAAGCUGAUGUCGUCUGCUGUACUUGUGUAGGUGCAGGUGAUAAAAGGUUGGAGGCCAAGUUUAGAACAGUCUUGAUAGAUGAAAGUACACAGGCAUCAGAGCCGGAGUGUCUGAUCCCUAUUGUUAAGGGUGCCAAGCAAGUUGUACUAGUCGGGGAUCAUCAACAAUUGGGGCCCGUUAUAUUGGACAGAAAAGCCGCAGAUGCAGGUUUAAAGCAGUCACUAUUUGAAAGACUUAUUUCAUUAGGACACGUUCCAAUUCGAUUGGAAGUCCAAUAUCGUAUGAACCCCCACCUCAGUGAAUUCCCAAGUAAUAUGUUCUACGAAGGCAGUUUGCAAAAUGGUGUUACUAUUGAACAAAGAAUAGUGACAAAUAGUACGUUCCCUUGGCCCAUUCAUGACCUUCCUAUGAUGUUCUGGUCCAAUUAUGGUAGAGAAGAAAUUUCGGGCAAUGGUACAUCUUAUUUGAACAGAAUAGAAGCUAUGAAUUGUGAACGUGUUAUUACCAGACUAUUUAGAGAUGGGGUGAAACCUAGUCAAAUUGGUGUUAUUACCCCUUACGAAGGUCAAAGAGCGUAUAUCGUUCAAUACAUGCAAAUGAAUGGCUCUCUGGAUAAAGAUCUUUAUGUCAAUGUAGAGGUUGCGUCAGUUGAUGCCUUCCAGGGUCGUGAGAAGGAUUAUAUCAUUCUAUCAUGUGUUCGUGCCAAUGAGCAACAAGCAAUCGGAUUUUUGAGUGAUCCUCGUCGUUUAAAUGUGGCAUUGACAAGGGCAAAAUAUGGUCUCAUUAUAUUGGGUAAUCCUAGAUCCCUGUCGCGGAAUAGUUUGUGGAAUCACCUUUUGAUUCAUUUCAGAGAAAAGGGCUGUUUGGUUGAGGGUUCCCUUGACAAUUUGCAACUGUGUACUGUUCAAUUGACAAGACCUCGUGUCAAUCGUAAUAAUCGCCGCCAAAACAUUAGCAGAUUCGAGUUCUCUAAAGCUACUGACAUGGGACAAGGUUCUAUGGCAGAUUUUGAUGCUCAGAGCUUAAUCUCCUUUGGGGGUGUUGAAGGUGUCGAAUUUGGAGGAAAUAAUUUAGUUCCAAACACGGACAUGACUUCUUUUCUGGGCAAUAAAUAUUGGAAUACAGUCCAAAUGCCGCCAAAUGGAAGCACUCUUAGCAAUGAUAACACCUACAAUGGUGAUAAUAGUUUCGAUUCUAGCUUAGCUAGAGGCCUACAAAGAUAUAACGGUGCAUCAUCAAAAUAUGAUGACGGUACUCAAGGUAAUGACGCUUCGGUCAAGGGUUUGGAAUCGUUUAGAAACCUCAACAUAUAA